GAAAAUAGGCGCUCAACCCCUUCAGAGCAUCAUGAGCGAUCAUGGCCCGAUAAAAACAGACUUAGGAGUCGGCACGGCAGCUGAUGGAGAUAUCCGAUUCGCCGGAGAAACAAGCCGGUCUAAGAUCUAUGAAGAAAAGAAACAGAAUAAAAAGCUUGUCCGAUUGCUGACAGUUCUGGCUUAUGUGUUUUCCGUAUCACUGGCUGCUAUAGUACUGUCUCUGUACUAUGUUUUCCUCUGGAAUCCAAACAUGCAAGGCAACAGAACCGAAAGUACUCAAGCAACUUCCCAGGUGCUGCAAACUUCCGUGGCUAUAUCAACACUGACAUCAACUCAGAGUAUAGCUGCUCCAGAAGAAGUCACCAAAAGCAAUAAAAGGUAUUUCCGGAAUGGUCGAAGAGCUGAGCACCAUCUUCCAAAUCCAAAUGCUAUCUGAAAAUUUAUGUGACUGCUUUUGAUUACUCUUCCAUUUGGGACCGAAUUCGAGCUAAUUAUGGUAGAAUUUCUUUUGCAUAAUUCUCAAUUUGAUUCUAUUUAGUGAUUCGAAUUUUCUUUGUGUCAUCUAACCAUACGUUGAUGUAUACUGCAUUCAGUAGAAAUCGGAUGAAACGGAAUUGUGUCAAUGAUGAUUCUACUGUGAAGCAGCGAAAGGUGGUUAUGUGAACAUUAUGGCCUGUAUUUUCACAAAGAAGAGCGCACAAAAAUAACGCAUAAUGUUUUCAAAAAUUGGUGUAUUUAGAUGAAUCAAUUCAUUUAGUUUGCAACACUCGUAUUUCAAAAACUGUUACUCAUCAUAAUUGACAUUCUACGUGAAAUUAUCCGAUGAUUUUCCAAGAUUAUUUUACUACAACAUUUAUGCCAAAAUGUGUGUGAUAGUCAAAACUUUAAACUGAAGUUGUGUCGUAUAUUAAUCGAUGAAAAUUUUAACAUUUUAAUAAUCUGUGACAAGCUACAAAAAUUUGUGAUAUGAGCUUUAAAAUAUCUUAGUCAGAUUUUACAGAAGGCUAUUGUCAAAUCACAGCACAUGUUUAUCGCAAAUUGAAACGUACACAAGUAGAAAAACACAGUUCAAAUUUACCAAUGAAGUGUAAAUGCUUCUUUUUAUUGAGUAUUUUUUAAUUAUAAUUUGUAGCAACUUGCACAAAAAAUAGUGUUGUAAUGUGUAUAACAGAAUUUGUCAUUAUGCUUAAGUAAUUUUUGAGAAAAGUCAAAGUAUUUUAAAAAUCCGUGUUCCAUCAUCAUGUUAUAAAUUUUCAAGAUAUAGUCAAAGAAAGUAUUUUAUUUUAUUUUUUAUAAUGAUUAUUAUUAUUAUUGUAUUCGGCAAUUGAUGGCAUAUUUAUCCUGACUCAAAGUCUCUUAAGACUUUGGUCUUGCAAAUUAAAAAUCUAUUGGUUUAAGAUUUUUAUUAAUGAUGUUACAUAUAAUUUACUAGUAAUAAAAAUCAAACCAGUGUCCGUUUUGUGAAACAUUUAAUGAGCCUUAGCAAUAUGAAAUUCUGUGAAAAAACAGAAGUUUAAAGGCUGAAUCUUGUAUAUAAAAUUUUGUAGGAAACUUCUUUUGAGUUCCAGAAACAAAAGAAAAUUCAAGUACUAUCAAAAAGGUAGUUUUAUUUUGGUAAUUUUAAUUACAGAUUUUAGAUCUUUGUAUUUAAGGUGAUUUUAAUAUUUUGUAUGUUAUAUAUAUAGAGAGAGAGGGAGAGUAAUACUGAUGAGUUUCAUUUUAACGGUAAAAAAUAUGUUCUUAAAAAUUGGAUUAUUGUCACAAU